AACCAAAACAUAAGAUGAAGAAUAUACUUUCCAUAUUUUUUCUAGCAGUAUUACUGUUUAUUCCGCUAUUAGCCUUUGGUGCUGAGAGCGAAGAAACACAAGUAUAUCAUGCACCAAAAACUGUAGAAAUUUCUGGCGAAUUCACAGACAAUCCUUUUAAUCAAAUCAUAAAUGGCCAAAAGAAUACUGUCAAACUUACAUUCGAUAAUAAAGGAGAAUCUAAUUAUACCAUUGAAACGGUAACAGGUCAAUUAUUCAACAAAGAUAAUCCAUCUGAAAUUUAUCGUAAUUUGACAGCCUAUAAAUAUUCUGUUGCCGCACCUUCCAUGGAUCAUGUUGAGGUUAAUUAUAAUUUCUACGCGGAAUUUCCACCUCAAGAAUUAGGACUCAAUAUUUACGUCUUUUUUUCUGAUGAGAAUGCAAAGAAAUUUAGAGGUGUCGGUUAUAAUGACACGGUUACAGUUGUUGACCCGGAAGUCUCUAUUUUUGAUUUACAAUUAGUUUUCAUGUACUUGAUUCUUAUUGGAUUUUUCGGUGGUAUGGGAUAUUUGAUCUUCCAAUCUUUCUUCGGCGGAGCCAAAACGAAAAAAGGCAAAAAGCGUAUUGUUAAAACUGAAGAUAACAACUCAGAAUCAGAUAAAUUUGAUGAGAGUUGGCUCCCCGAACAACAUCUAAAAUCGCAAACAACUCGAAGUUCGGCUCGUAUUAGGAAGAAGAACGAAGCAAAAAAAGAGUAAUUAGAAUUGUAUCUUUGAAAUAUAUAAAUAUAAAAUAAAUCUUUUGUCGGAAAGGGAAAAAAAGGAAACAUUUUAUAUAUAUAUAUAUAUAUAUAUAUUAUUAUUAUUAUUUAUUUAUCUAAUUAUUUUAU